AUGUCCUCUCUCUCUUCUGUUAAGUACUUCCUUCUUGCUGGAUGCCUGUCGGCAUCUACGGCUCUUGCCAGCCUUCAAUGGUCACCCUGUCCUGCAAAUCCAGCGUUGGAUUGCUCAACCCUCCGAGUGCCGCUUGAGUAUGCGGAGCCACAGAGCGGGAUGUCAGCUUCUAUUCCGCUUGCCCGAUACAACGCCACGGUAGAGGUAUCCCAGCGCAAAGGCUCACUUCUCACGAAUCCUGGGGGUCCUGGUGCGUCUGGUGUCUCCUUCGUCGUGAACGGCGCCGGGGAAGGAAUAUCGAACAUCACCGGGGGGUUUUACGAUAUAAUUGGAUGGGACCCGCGCGGUGUGGGUUCCGCUCAACCCGUCUUGCAAUGUUUUGCUACCGCCGGAGAAGAGUAUGAAGCGUCCCAGGUGCUUCCAGCUGCGCCUGACGUGGCGUACGGCCAGUUCAGAAACCAAUCCUACACGCCCUUUUACAACGCUGCGAUGCAGGAGUUUGACAGCAUGACCGCCCAGCUUGCUGCCGCAUGUGCAUCUUACAAUUCGACAGCUUCGUAUACUUCUAGCGCGGCCUACGUUGUUCGUGACAUGGGGGCUAUUGUCGAUGCAUUGGACGGCAAAGAUGCCCGUUUGAAUUACUGGGGUCUCUCCUACGGGACCAUUUUUGGGGUAGAAUUUAUUCAGACCUAUCCGGAGAGGGUCGGGAGGAUUGUCCUGGACGGCGUUUUUGAUGCUACUGCCAAUGCUGAGACCUAUGUCGCCCAGCUUCCCAAUGACCAACUCUCCGUGCGAGAUGCUAUCAACGAUCUGGUGUCAUUUUGCGAACAAGCUGGUCCAGCUGGCUGUGCUCUGAGUACUCCUCCUGCAAAUGUAACUGCCGACCUGACCACUCGACUUGCUAAUUUACAAGAUUCCCUCUACGAACAUCCCAUUCCGGUCUCUCAAGGGUUCUCCAUCACCGUUGGGAUCUUCAGCGCAUUCAUGUGGUCCUUUUCCCGAGUUCCGACUACUUGGCCCCUUAUCUCCUCAGUUGUGAGCGCUCUUGAGCAAGGAGAUGCGACUCCAAUAGUGUCCAUUCUUAAUGCAGCUGCCGCCAGUCCGCCAGCCAAUUCCAAAGCUCCAGCCACUGGGUCUCUAGCUGAAUGGCCCCUGCAGUGUGUGGAUAAUGCGCCGUCCAGUGGCAUCUCCUUGGCGGACGUUGCUUCCCUAGUACUCAAUGUCUCUCUCCGCGAGGAUACCCCUUGGCUGAAUGCUGACGUGACUCCCCUAUCCUUCUGUCGCCACUUUCCGGACACCCGCGCAAGAAUCCCGAACUUGGGAGCCUCGAAAGUCCGCGAUGCAAACUCCAUCCUCACUGAGCAAAAUACCCCGGUGCUGAUUGUCAAUGGCGAACAUGACCCCGUGACUCCGUUGGCCUCUGCAGAGCGUUUGCAGAGUCAGCUUGCUACCGCGUCCCGGUUGGUGACCAGACGAGGCCCAGGUCAUACAACAGUCAGCAUUGCGUCGUUGGGGCUGACAGAGGCCAUCCGUGCAUACUUUAUUGGCAAUACCCUUCCAACAAGCGCCGUUCACGACCUCAGCCAGGUGGUAUUCUCCUCCGCAAUCAACGCCGGGACAUUAACCCCCGCUCCAGUAUUCAAUGGUACAUACUCCGAGGCAGAGCUGACUCUACUGAACUCCACAUACAAUAUUUUGUUAGCAUUCCUCAGCUUAGCAUAA